AUGGACUCCCCAACGGCGCUCUUCGACUCGUACGAGUCCGACUUCAAGCAGAUCGUGAACAGCAUCCGCGAGAAGCUUGAGGGCGGCGGACAGGAUGUGCAGGGCGAGCAGCGCAAGGCGGCGCUCCGGCGCGUCGAGAUGGAGCUCGACGAGGCGGACGAGAUGGUAUCUCAAAUGGAGAUAGAAAUACAAGGGAUCCCCCAGUCCCUCCGCCCGUCCUACCAGACCCGCAUCAAGGCCUCCAAGGCCGACCUCCAGCGGUACAAGAAGCUCUCCAAAGAGGCCCACACGCAGCUCUCCCGCUCCGAGCUUCUCACUCGCCCUGGGAUGGCGUCCCCGAGCAGCGACGAGCCGUACGGCGGCUCGGCGAGCGACCGCACGCGGCUCCUCCAGGGCACCACGCUGCUCGAGGACGGCUCGCGGCGGCUGCAGGAGAGCCAGCGGAUUGCGCUCGAGACGGAGGAGCAGGGCGCCGGCAUCCUCCGCAGCCUGCGCGGGCAGCGCGAGCAGAUCCAGAACUCGAGGGACACGCUGAACCGGGCGGACACGUCCAUCGACCGUGCGUCGGUGACGCUGAAGAAGAUGAUCCGGAGGAUGUACCAGCAACGCGUCGUCACCGCGGCCAUCAUCGCGGUCCUUGUCAUCCUCAUCCUCGUCAUUCUUUACUUCAAGCUCGUGCGGUAG